CAAAAUUACAGAUGUGCAAGCAUCACGCCAUAUGAUAAGUCUUCGGCUAGACAUAAAGAAAUCACUGACUCCAUAACGCACUGUUUGGCAAAAGACAUGAUGCCCAUACACGCCGUUAGUAAAGUGGGAUUUCAGAAAAUGAUCCACACACUGGACAAGAGGUACCAACUGCCCUGUCGAAACUAUUUCUCUCAAAUAGCGAUCCCUAAACUUUAUAACUCGCCCCGUGACGAAGUUCAAAAGGAAAUGGCUACGGUGACGUUCUUUUCAACCACUACGGACCUGUGGUCAAGCAGGACAAGUGAACCGUAUAUUAGCUUGACUGUGCACUUUGUCGACGAGGAGUUUGAAUUGAAAAGCCACUGCCUGCAAACAUCGUACUUCCCCGCCGACCACACAGGAGAAAACAUAGCCUUGGGCUUGAGAGAGGCACUGGCUGCGUGGGACCUCUGCCAAGGGGCGUCAGGUAGCCAUAACAACAGACAACGGCACUAACAUGGUCAAAGCAGUGGAGCUUAAUCAGUGGACUAGAAUCCAGUGUUUUAGUCAUAGACUUCAUUUGGCCAUUGAAAAUGCUCUGAAAAAGAAUGCACAAUGCAUUAACAGAGCUACUGGGAUAUGCAGGAAGAUUGUGGGCCACUUCUCCCAUAGUUGGAAGAAAAGAGUGGCCUUGAGGGAAGCACAACGAGAGCUCAACCUCCCAGAGCAUGCCAUGGUGACAGACUGCGCAACACGAUGGGGUUCCACUCAGAAAAUGAUAGAAAGAGUCCUGGAGCAGCAAAGUGCAUUGUCCAAGGUUCUCUCUACAGACCGCAAAGUGCGACACCUACUCCCUUCUUGGCAGGACCUGGAGGUCUUGGAAUCUGUAAACAAGGCACUCAGCCCUCUACAGGACUUCACGGAUGCCUUAUCGGGUGAAAGUUAUGUGAGCAUAUCUUGUGUUAAAUCUGCUCUGCAUCUUCUGAACACAUCAGUGCUGGCUGAAGACGAAGCAGACACUGAGCUGACCAAGUCACCGAAAUCCAACAUUCUUAGCUACCUCAACAGCAAAUAUGAAGGCAUUCAGGACUUGCUAAACUUCACCACUUUCCUAGACCCAAGGUUCAGAACACAACACAUCUCUGAAGAAGAGACCCAGACCUUAAAGGAACGAGCCAUAUCUGAGUUGAUCGAAAUUCACGGCCAGCAGUAUGUAGCCCAAAGCCCUGCAGUGAUGGACAAUAAUAGCAUAGAUGUGGAAAGUCCACCUGCUGCUAAAGCCAAGAAGACAACUCUGGCCAGUUUCUUUAAGGAAACCACAUGCACAGCACCAAGAGCACCAUUGUCAUCCACAUUUGAUUCCAUGGCACAGUUAAGAGAAGCAGUGGCCUCUGAACUCAAUGUUUACAUUUACAUGCCAUGUGUAGACCAUGGAGAAGAUCCACUGAAAUGGUGGAAGACACACAAAGUCAGCUUCCCUAGGCUAUGCAAACUAGCACAGACAUAUCUGGGCAUACAAGCAACAAGCUCUGCAUCAGAGAGAGCUUUUAGUGCUAGUGGUAAUGUUGUGACAAAUCAUCGCUCCUGUCUGAAACCAGAGAAAGUCGAUAUGCUUGUGUUUUUGUCAAAGAACCUCUAAUGCGAUAAGAUUAACUGUUUAGAAAGAGGAUUUGGAAGUUGGUCAUUUAAGAUUUAGUGGUUUGGGUUUUCAACAGUUUUUACAGAGAGUAUAUGUUACAUCCUGAGUAAAUGUCCAUGUUUGUUUGGACAAAAAAGUUAAAAAAUCUUAUUUUUGUGAAAAUGUGUAUGUUAUUAUUUGUCUUAUUUAUUUAGCUUUACUUUUGAGAAAAUAAGUUUACAUAAAUGCAAAUGUUCAUUUUUGUAUUUAAUUUGAAAACGUUUCUAGUUUUACAAAUACACAUUUUAGCAUUAUCACUAAUCUGUGUGUGCAUUUUCCUUUAAAACCCAUCAAGUUGACUCAUGAUACAAUUUAUUAUAAUCGCAAUCGCAUA